AUGGCCGACAGGUUCAUUCCCGAGCAUCGUCGCACUAACUACAAGGCCAAGGGCACUUUCAAGCCUGACGAAUUGCGCCGACGACGCGAGGAGCAGGCUGUUGAGAUUCGCAAGGCUAAGCGAGAAGAAAACUUAGCCAAGAGACGAGGUAUUGGCACUGGCGAGUCGCGCCCUGGUGCUUCUUUGGGUGCUGCUCCUGAUAGUGACGAUGAAAAUGCCCCUACUGAGAGUCAGCUCAAUGAAGACCUCCCUCAGAUGGUCCAAGGUGUAUUUUCCGACCAGAUCGACCUACAGAUUCAGGCUACUACCAAGUUUAGAAAGCUUCUUUCCAAGGAGCGAAACCCUCCCAUCGAAGAAGUCAUAAAGACUGGUGUUGUUACUCGAUUUGUCGAGUUCCUUCGAUCACCCCAUACCCUAGUUCAGUUCGAAGCUGCUUGGGCUUUAACCAACAUCGCAUCAGGAAGUGCUACCCAGACUCAGGUUGUCAUCGAGGCCGGUGCAGUUCCCAUCUUCGUCGAACUGCUAUCAAGCCCCGAACCUGAUGUUCGUGAGCAGGCUGUUUGGGCUCUCGGCAAUAUUGCUGGCGAUAGCCCAUCAUGCCGAGAUUACGUCUUGAGCUGCGGUGCCCUUAAGCCUCUGCUUAACCUGCUAGGCGACAGCCGCAAGCUUAGCAUGCUUCGAAAUGCCACUUGGACUUUGAGCAACUUCUGCCGAGGCAAGACCCCCCAGCCUGAUUGGACUACGAUUGCACCAGCGCUUCCGGUUCUUGCUAAGCUAGUCUAUUCACUCGACGACGAAGUCUUGAUUGAUGCUUGCUGGGCCAUUUCAUACCUCUCGGACGGAUCCAAUGAUAAGAUACAGGCUGUCAUUGAGGCCGGCAUCCCGCGUAGGUUGGUGGAAUUGCUUAUGCAUGCUUCCACUUCCGUGCAGACCCCUGCGUUGCGGUCAGUUGGUAAUAUUGUUACUGGCGACGACGUCCAGACGCAGGUCAUAAUUAACUGCGGUGCUUUGUCGUGCCUCCUAUCGCUUCUAAGCUCCAACAAGGACGGAAUCCGUAAGGAGGCGUGCUGGACCAUUUCCAACAUUACUGCAGGUAACUCCCAGCAGAUCCAGGCUGUCAUCGACGCCAAUAUUAUUCCACCCUUGAUUCACCUGCUAUCAAACGGUGAUCUAAAGACCCGCAAAGAAGCUUGUUGGGCCAUUAGCAAUGCUACUAGCGGCGGUCUACAGAAGCCGGAGCAGAUCAGAUAUCUAGUUGCGCAAGGUUGUAUCAAGCCGCUAUGUGACCUUCUCGCAUGCCCAGACAACAAGAUUAUACAAGUCGCUCUGGACGGUCUAGAGAAUAUUCUCAAGGUUGGCGAUCUAGACAAGCAAGCAGCUGGAGAAGGCCCAGACUCCAUCAACCGUUACGCACUAUUCAUUGAGGAGUGUGGAGGUAUGGAGAAGAUACACGACUGCCAGACAAACGCAAAUGAAGAAAUCUACAUGAAGUCGUACAACAUCAUCGAGAAGUAUUUCUCCGACGAGGAUGAGAAUGCUGAUGACGGAAUGGCAGCUCAGACUCAAGCUAAUGGCACGUUCGGUUUCGGCACCAAUGGCGCACAAGGUGGCGGCUUCAACUUCGCCAACGGUGGAGACUCGAUGGAUAUGUAA